GCCUGACAUUUCCCAAAUCCUUGUCCUUUUUCGUCUUUCCACACACUGUCUCCUCUCGCUUGUCUCAAAUCUUCUUGCUCUGUUUCUCUUCCCUCUCUGAAAGGUCAAGAGAAUUAGAGAAACCCCUUCAAUCUCUGCCCCAAAAGCCAAAUCUCCCACAACCAAAUAGAAAACUCUUAGCAUUUAAGGUACGGAAGAUAGGCGAAAGGGUUUCUUUUAAUUCUACAAUAAAGUUCCUUCUCAGGGUAACGUAAGGUUUAGAAGUCAGGAAACUUCGCAGGUCGCCGAUCGAGGAUCGUUGUGGGGGUGUUAUCGUAUCGCUCUGUUUUCUUCAGAUUUACGUUGCUAUGAAGAGAAGUUGAUACGAAUUUUUGUCUUCGCGCGACAUCUCGUGAUAUUUAAAAGAUGGAUUCCGUUAAACCGUCGGCGGUGCCGACUCCUGCUAAAAGUAGACUGGCGCGCACUUUUGCCAAGGUUCUUCACCUUCGGAUGGCAACCGGAGUUGCUCCGGUCGAUGGAAACCAGAAGGUGAAGUCCGAAGACAAUGUUAGUGAAGAUCUGAAUGUUGUUGGUAAGGGUGGCAUGUCUCUGUCUUUUGACAAGGAUGAAGAGCUUGAAAAUAAGGUUGCCUUGGAAGCUCUUCUUGCCAAACUGUUUGCUUGUGUUUCAUCUGUUAAAGCCUCGUAUGCUCAGUUACAGUACGCUCAAUCUCCUUAUGAUGCUGAUGGGAUUCAAGCUGCUGAUCAAAUGGUGGUCUCAGAGUUGAUGAGUUUGUCUGAAUUGAAGCAGUGUUACUUGAAGAAACAGUUCGAUCCUUCUCCAGAGACCGCGAUGCUCUCGGCGGAAAUUCAGGAGCAAAAGAGUGUGGUGAAAACGUAUGAAAUCAUGAGGAAGAAGUUGGAAUCUCAGUUAAGGCUCAAGGACUCUGAGCUCAUAUUUCUCAGAGAGAAAUUGGAGGAAGAGAAGAAACAGAACAGGCUAAUUGAGAAGAGAUUGAACCAAAGUGGGCAAUUACAUGUCCUCGACAAUCUUCACCAUUCAGGCUUGUCUCCUAGCCAUUUUGUUACAGUUCUUCGGCACGCGGUCAAGUCGAUUCGAAGCUUUGUGAGGUUGAUGGUGGAGGAAAUGAAAUAUAAUAGCUGGGAUAUUGAUGCAGCGGCAAAUGCAAUUCAACCGAGUGUGGUUUAUUGGAAAGAUGAUCACAAAUGUUUCUCGUUUGAGUCCUACGUUUGUAGGCAAAUGUUUGACGCUUUCAACUAUCCAAACUUCUCUCUUUCUUUCCCAGAUAAGAAGAAGAUGGAUCACCAACUGUUCUUCCGGCAAUUCAUGGAAUUGAAAUCCGUGAAACCGAAGGAAUUUCUUGCUCAGAAGCCCAAAUCAACGUUUGCAAAGUUUUGCCAUGUCAAGUACUUGCGACUCCUUAAUCCCAAGCUGGAAUCCUCGCUUUUUGGUAAUCUAACUCAGAGAAACACGGUGAACGCCGGUGAAUUUCCGAGCUCUACAUUCUUUUCUUCAUUCACAGAAAUGGCGAAGCGGGUUUGGCUCCUACACUGCCUGGCCUUUUCUUUUGAUCCGGAGGCCUCCAUCUUUCAAGUUAGCAAGGGUUCUAGAUUCUCAGAAGUUUACAUGGAAAGUGUCGCCGAUGAAGUGUUCCUUUCGCCGGAAUCCGACCAUCAAGUGGCUUUCACGGUUGUCCCGGGCUUCAGGAUUGAUAAAACCGUCAUACAGUGUCAGGUCUAUCUCUCUCCAUUCCAAACCAAACGAUGAAGGUAGAUCCGAUCGAAUAACGAUCCACGGUAAUUAUCUAUUCGAAUUGUAAGCAAUUGGAUAUGAGAAAACUCAUAAAAUAUAUCUAUUUAGAUAAUUACCGAGAAUUUCAAUCCCAACCCGACAAUGGGCACAGGGACGAAUCAUUGGAACAACUGGACCACACGAAACUUUGAACUGGAGGAGGGAAAUGGCUUGCCAAGAUGCUGCGUUUAUUUGUCCAUUUGUGGCCAGUUUGGAAAAGGAAAGCGCGUGGGGGAUCUUUUACUAUUUUGGCUGUCCAAAAACAUCCCCUGCAAUUUUGUUAAUAUUAGGCUUUGACAGGGAUUGUCUAGCUGUUAUGCAUCAUUAGCAAACAUUGCAUCAGGUAGUAAUAAUAUAUGUACAUAAUAAUACAUCCCAGUUUUUUAAUAAUGUUUUAUAUUUUUCUUCAU